AUGUUAGCCAACAGUGAUAAAGUUUCAGAGGUCCUACAAGAGUCUACUCAUCAGUUCAACCUGCUUACUUCACCCACCUUCCUACCAAAGGUCAAGGAUCAAGGGAAAUUCACUCUCCCUUGCACACUUGGGCAUCUUGAGAUUGACAAUGCCUUAGUGGAUUCUGGAGCAAGCAUCAAUCUGAUCUCUCUCUCCAUGGCAGAGAAGCUAGGCAUUGCUGGAGCCUUGCAGCGCCCUACUACUUCAAUCAUGUUUGGAGAUGCAACUUCUAAGUCUCCUCUUGGAGUGUUCAAGAACUAUCACUUGAAAAUUGGAGAAUGCAUCAUCCAAACUGAUCUCACUGUGAUGGAAAUGGAAGAAGAGAAGGAUUUACCUCUGUUAUUGGGAACCCCUUUCCUUAGUACAGUUGGCGCUUCAAUAGACUUUCACAAGCAAGAAGUGAUCCUUCACAAGGUGAAUAGUUUGGUGUCAUAUCGCUUGCAGCCUAGAGGUUCAGACUUUUGUGCCACAAUUGACAGUACCACUCUCAGUUCUAAGAGUCAUGGAGCUACAAAGGUUGUGAAGGAAAGGGUUGACAAGAACCAAGAGUUGGGAAGGAUAAGGAUGAGAGAGGACCAAGGAUUGAGAAGCCACGUCUUGAGAGGGCUAGAGUUGAGAAACCACGAUCUGAUAGGCCAGAGCUGA